AAUUGUAUUGGUCGAAAAGUCACUUCCCGUGUCCCGACACGCUUAUUUUUUUAAGAGGCCUCACUGGAGGUAGACAUUGCCUGGUUGUUGUUAAGAAGUAGUUAAAAAGUAAUAUUACACAAAAAAUGGGGAACCGAGAUGAUGAAUAUGAUUAUUUAUUUAAAGUUGUGCUUAUAGGAGACUCCGGGGUGGGGAAGAGUAAUCUCCUGUCCCGUUUUACGAGAAAUGAGUUCAACCUGGAAAGCAAAAGCACCAUUGGGGUGGAGUUUGCCACCCGCAGUUUGCAGGUGGACGGCAAGACCAUCAAAGCUCAGAUUUGGGACACAGCCGGACAGGAGCGCUACAGAGCCAUCACCUCGGCUUAUUAUCGUGGUGCAGUCGGGGCUCUCCUGGUGUACGACAUCGCCAAACACCUAACUUACGAGAAUGUGGAGCGUUGGCUGAAGGAGCUGAGGGAUCACGCCGACAACAACAUCGUCAUCAUGCUCGUCGGCAACAAAAGCGACCUACGGCAUCUCAGGGCUGUGCCGACAGACGAAGCUCGAGCUUUUGCUGAAAAAAACACUGUGUCAUUCAUCGAAACCUCCGCCUUGGACUCCACCAAUGUGGAAGAAGCCUUCAAGAAUAUUCUUACAGAAAUCUACCGCAUUGUAUCUCAGAAGCAAAUAUCAGACAGAUCAGCACAUGACGAUUCCCCGGGAAACAACGUGGUGGACAUCAGCGUCCCGCCCACCACUGAUGGACAGAGAGGCAACAAACUAGCAUGCUGCCAAAGCCUAUGAAACUCCUCUAUUUUCUUUCUCAAUUUUGACUUCGAUGAUCCGCCUCUUCAACCACUUCUUUACUUUAUAGCCUUGCAAUAUUGCCGUAGCAGGAGACCCAGCAUUUAUCCGCCUUUUUUGCCUUUUACACAGAACUGACGGUGGGCAGGACUUCUGCAAUCUGAUAACUAAGAUGAAUAACAAUUGCUUUCAACACAACACAAGACAGGACUCCUCCUCUGUCCGCCUUUCCAUCAUUCCCUACACAUAGGAGCCGUCCUGCCUCUGAUACUACCUCCAAAGGCUGACAGUUGGCGAGUCAACGUCAUCCCUCCCAUUCUGUGUCGGUGCCGUUUAUUCACAGUAGUAACCAGGGGUAGAAAAAUGCCGCCUUUUACAGGCAGUAUAAAAGGGGCUUGAGUCCAUUGCAUGCUGUCGCUGACCCAUUUUGUCAUUAACGUUCCUAUUGACCCACCUGUGUGAGUGGUGGCGAGGGAUCUGUGUUCUCCGGCAUCAUGUGGGAGAACAGUUUGACGGUUGCAUAUUGAAUGAUACAUGUGAAUUUCUCCCUUUGUGAGAGGGGAUGGUUUGGGGCGAGGAGUCUGCACGAGCCGGGAAGUAGACCGGCUGUGACUGUCUUGACUCUAUAUAUGCAAGCAGGAAUCAACCAUUCAAAGUUUUAUUAUGACACCAAAGGAUGACAGAUGCAAUCACGAGCACCACUGGCACAGCUUUUUGCAAGUGUGAACAAAUGUGAAUGAGUUAGUGUUAAUGUUUGGGCUUUGUUUGUGUGUGUCUGUGUGUACCACUUUUAAAAAAGAGUUAAAAAUCAUUUGCACUCCCACUCAUUUCAGUGUCUCAAAUUCAGAUGUUCUUUUUCACUGGUGUGACCUUUUGAGAAAUUAAUGUGUCAUCUGAUAGCAUUUUCUGUGGGAACAUGAAUAACACUCCCUCUUGAGAAAUAUCCAGUAAGUGUAAUUUGUUGAGGAAAGGGACCUGGACGCAUGUGUGACUUAUUGCGUCAAAACAUUUCACUUUUCGCCUGUACUUUGUGACUGAAAAUUGCUGAUGUGUCAAUAAAAACCAAUCUGCAUGA